AGAGAGAAAGAGAAGUGGGCGUUAGCAGCAGCAAGAAUGGAGCUGACUUGAAGCACGAAACAGACCAAGACGCGCUAUGCGGCGACGCCUACUCGUCCCCCCCUCUAGCUCGUCCCUGCGACUUACCGAGGCGAAUCCUCUGGGUAACUACGAGGCGAAAUCUCCACCGGUUACGAGGCGAAGUCUCCCACCAGUUACGAGGCGAAAGUCUCCACCGGUUACGAGGCGAAGUCUCCCACCAGUUACGAGGCGAAAGUCUCCACCGGUUACGAGGCGAAGUCUCUUUCUCAAUCGCGAUGCGACGGGAUGCGACCACGAUGCGACGGGAUUGGUGGAUCCACGACCACGCGCAGACGAGUGCAGCGGGACCAACGGCUCCACGGCCCCGAAGAUGCAGCAGCAUCACGCCGACGCAUUCACACGCCGACACAUGCGCACGAAAACGGAAACAGAAGCACGAAAGAGAGUGCGUUAGUAGCAGCAAAAGAGAUGACUCAAGCAGCACGAAACGGACAGGAGACGCGCUAUGCGGCGGACGCCUAUUCACCCCCCCUCUUGGUAUUUCCUAACACUUACCGAGGCGAUUCUUGAGAGGAUCGUCGGAGGCGCAACGAUGGUAGGCGACGGCCGAUCGCCGGCGGCGCAACGAUCGUUGGCGACGGAACUAUCAUUUCCGCCUCAUCCCAACCACGGCAUAUGAAGCGACGCCACGUCUGUCACGGCGACGGUUGCGACGGACGUGAUGGCGGAGCAGCCAUCGCAGGCCGCCGUGCCAAAAGCUCAUCGGAGAAUAAGCAAACCCGGUUUUCAACACGGUCUCAACUUCAUCGCAACUCAAAUCAUUUGCAAAUAGUAAAUCUAUCAGAAGCAGCUCUAAAACGAUGUCAUCUCAAUACCCUAUUGGUCGAAAGGCGUCACGUGUGGCAAAAUGAUUUCGACUUCGAGCGACGGGCCAAUCAGUUGGAUGUUGAUAUCAACUCGGCGAACUUGUGGGUGGUAGCGGCCCUGUCGCGUUUUGCAUACUGUGAGAUUCAAUAGCAGCAAUCUUGUAAUACACCUCGCGAGAAGAUGGGGUUGUACAUGUUGCAUGUGUAAAAUAUGUCAUUGUAGGUUGUGUAUGUGUUGUGUAAUUGAGCCCAAUGUCU